AUGGCACCAACCCGGAAGCGGAGAGCAGGAAAUGCUGGUGUCCUGAUAGUUUCCUCCUUCUCUGUUUAUUCGGUCCAGGACCAGCAUGCUAACUCAAAAUUCACCAUCUGCUUCUUCCUCGGGAAAACACCAAAUGGCGAUGACACGGGGCAGCGGGAGGGCCCGGAGGAUGCGGGGGGCGGGCCUCCUGGUUUUGGCAGCGGUCUCGGGGUUCGUGGUUGGGGCCGAGGCCACACGGCUCAUGGAGGCAAAGCCAAUGACAAGGGGUGUAUCCCCGUCACCCAGCUGGGAUGCCUGGUCAAGGACAUGAAGAUCAAGUCCCCGGAGGAGAUCUGUCUGUUCUCCCUGCCCAUCAAGGAGUCUGAGAUUACUGACUUCUUGGGCGCAUCCCUCAAGGAUGAGGUUUUGAAGAUCGUGCCACUGCAGACGCAGACUCGCGCUGGCCAGCGGACCAGGUUCAAGGCUUUUGUCACCACUGGGGACUACAAUGGUCACGUGGGCCUGGGUGUCAGGUGCUCUAAGGAGGUAGCCACUGCCAUCCGAAGGGCCAUCACCUUGGCCAAGCUCUCCAUUGUGCCUGUCCAGGGAGGGUACUGGGGGAACAAGAUCGGCAAGCCCCACACAGUCCCCUGUAAAGUGACAGGCCGCUGUGGUUCUGUGCUGGUGCGCCUUAUCCCUGCCCCUAGGGGCACUGGCAUUGUCUCUGCCCCCGUGCCCAAGAAGCUGCUGCUGAUGGCUGGUAUUGAUGCCUGCUACACUUCAGCCAGGGGCUGCACUGCCACCCUGGGCAACUUUGCUAAGGCCACAUUUGAUGCCAACUCUAAGACCUACAGCUACCUGACCCCCAGCUUCUGGAAAGAGACUGUGUUCACCAAGUCUCCCUGCCAGGAAUUCGCUGACCAUCUUGUGAAAAUCCACACCAGAGUCUCAGGGCAGAGGGCCCAGGCUGCAGCUGUGGCUGCCACAUAA